AUCACAGGGUACUAUUCCAUGCUUCGAAGACUCUGGGAAGAGCUUAAUACUCUGGAUCCUAAUACUCAAUGUACUUGUUUGUGCAAUUGUGGUGGUAAGACCAAAAUGCACAAGGCAGAGCAAGAUCGAAAGCUUAUCCAGUUUCUAAUGGGGCUUAACGAGGUCUAUACGAUCGUCAGAGGGAGUAUUCUUAUGAUGAACCCAUUGCCAACUAUGGCACAAGCCUUCUCCAUUCUAGUCCAAGAAGAGAAGCAACGAGAAGUCAGGCCAUCCACUCGCAUGAACUUGGAUGCUAGCUCUGGAGCUUCUACUUCACUAAGUGCUGUUUCUGGAAGAGGAAGUUUUAGAACAAAUUACUCUCAAGAUAAAAGCACAAAUAGAAGCACACACAGAGACCAUUCUCAGCAUCAGCAGGACAAUAGGACUUAUCCCUUUCCUGAUAUUAACAAAGCAAAUCUAUUUUGCAAUUACUGUAAGAAGACAGGACACAUAGAAGAGAAAUGCUACAGGUUGCAUGGUUUUCCCAAAAACUUCAAAUUCACUAAGGGAAGGAAUUCUGGAUCAGCAGCAAUUGCUCACAACAAUAGUGAAACACCACUGGAACAUGCUCAUGGAACUCAAAAUUUAACCAAAGACCAAUAUGAUCAUCUGGUGAGAUUGCUUGAAAAUGUCCAGGUGCAAGGAUCAUCUCACAGCAGCAAAGACACUUUGGAUAACAUCAUGGGUGGAGCUGCAAACUUUGCAGGGCCCUUCACUGAAGAGCCCUCUGGUGAUUGGUAGAUCAAGGAGUGGCCUUUACUUCUUCUGCUCAAGGUGUCCCAAUUCUGUCUACUCUUUUUCACCAUUAUCUCAUUGUUCUUCUUCACAUGCUCAAAAUGAACAAGGUUUACAUCAUGUUUCCUCAUCUGUCAUUCCAAGAAAUAAAACAGCCUGUUGUAACGUGAAUUCAUAUGUUACUCCUAUUAAUUGCCCUGGCUCCACUAAAUCUCCUUCAUUAUGUACAUCUCAUGAAAAUACUGUAGACUACUUGUGGCACACUAGAUUAGGACAUGUUCCUUUUGUUAAGAUGAAGGGUAUCCACACUAUACCUGUUAAAUUCUCAUCCAAACAACCUUUUACAUGUACUGUCUGCCCCAUGGCAAGACAAGCAAGAAUGCCUUUCCCAUCAGAAUCAACACCUUUUUCUACAAAAAUAUUUGAACUUCUCCACAUAGACUUAUGGGGACCUUACCAUACACCAACAUAUGACAAUUACAAAUAUUUCAUCACAAUAGUUGAUGAUUAUAGCAGGACAACAUGGACUCA